UUGGUCAGCACUCCCAUUAUUUACUCACUCCACUCCGUCGGGCCCUCGCGAUGGCAUCCCAACCCUCACUUACACCCUCAAGGAGGCUUCUCGUCGAUCUGCAGAAGUGCGAGCUGCUGAUUCAAUCACACUCUAGACUUCGAGCUUGAAAAGCCAUGGCACCCGACAGAGGAGAAAGCCAGGACUACCAGUCCAUAUCAACCCCACCUUCCACCUCUCGCCGAGAUGAAGCCUCUGACGGCACAGAAGAGCUUCGACGACGCCGUAGCAAUGCCCGCAGAUUCAUUGCCAGCCAUGCAAGCGAAGGGCAGAACUUCACUGUUCGAGGUAUACUCGUUGGCCUGGGGGUCGGCCUGGUCAUCUGCUUCUCCAAUAUGUACUUCGGGCUGCAGACUGGAUGGGUCUCUAGCAUGAGCAUGCCUGCCUCCCUUAUCGGCUUCGCCUUUUUCAAAACUCUGUCGAAGCAUCUCGAUCUACCAUUCACACCCGUUGAGAAUGUGCUGGUGCAGUCAGUGGCUGGGUCUAUGGGGACGAUGCCGUUAGGAUGUGGAUUGGUGGGCGUGAUGCCAGCGUUGAACUACAUGCUGGAGCCGGAGGAACAAGGCCCAAUUGUUCUGGGUCUGCCCAAACUUAUACUCUGGUCGCUGGGGCUAUGUUUCUUUGGCGUGGUCUUCGCUGUGCCUUUGAGGAGGCAAGUCAUCAUAAGAGAGAGACUGAAGUUUCCUUCGGGAACAGCGACGGCAUUAAUGAUUGGCGUGCUUCAUGGCAAGGAAGCCACAGCCGAUGGCCCGAUCUGUCGGACUACCUCUCGGGAUCUUACUUCACAGGACAAUAGUACUCAGUCGUACUCGAACAUUGAUGAAAGGUCUGCGGACGUGGAGGAGCUGACCAAGAAUCAAACAAGCAGUUGGCAAUCUAGAGUCAAACUCCUCAUCAUAUCGUUCGUCAUUUCUGGGCUAUAUACACUUGCAACAUACUUCUUCCCAAUCUUACGCAAUCUUCCUGUCUUUGGAUUUACGCUUGCCGAAUCUUGGCUCUGGACUCUCAACCCAUCAUUGGCUUAUGUUGGACAAGGGAUCAUUAUGGGUCCGGCGACUACAUUGCACAUGCUUCUCGGAGCUAUCGUUGGAUGGGGACUUCUCUCUCCGCUGGCAAAAAAUAGAGGAUGGGCUCCUGGCCCCGUGGAUAAAUGGGAAACGGGAUCCAAAGGCUGGAUUGUGUGGGUAUCCUUGGCAAUCAUGCUGGCCGAUUCAAUUAUUAGUCUUGGUUACAUCGCUCUCAGGCCGCUGGUUAUGCACAGCGGAGAGUAUGCAGAGAGUAUCCGCCAGAUCAUCAGAAAAAGGGACUGGAAAGGCUUCCUAUAUCUUGGAUCCGGCAAAAGCGGGGGAGAUUAUGCACUACUGCGAGAAGAGGUAUCUACGCCACGUGAAGAAACCAGAUCAAAUUUUCAAGAAGACCUUAUUGUGUCCGACGAAGAGAUCAAGGGUCUCCCGGAACCGGACGCUCCUCCUGAGCACUUGGUGAACGAUUCCACUGUCUGGGUCGGCCUGGUACUGUCCGUAGUGUUCUGCAUCGUAAGUAUCCGUGUCGUCUUUGGGGCUUUGGUCCCAUUCUACGCCAUUAUUAUCGCAGUUUUCAUGGCUCUCGUCCUCUCUAUCAUGGGCGUUCGGGCCCUGGGCGAAACAGACCUCAACCCGGUCUCGGGAAUCAGUAAACUAGCUCAGCUCUUCUUUGCGAUCAUUAUUCCGCAAUCGAACAAGAACUCGAUCCUGAUAAACCUCGUCGCAGGCGCCGUCUCCGAGGCAGGUGCAUUGCAGGCUGGCGAUCUCAUGCAGGAUCUUAAAACAGGGCAUCUCCUGGGCGCAGCUCCAAAUGCUCAGUUCUGGGGUGGAGUUAUUGGAAGUGCUUUUGGCGCAGUUAUCAGUGCCCUGAUAUACAGGCUAUACACAAGCGUAUACGAAGUCCCAGGCGAUUUGUUCCAGGUUCCAACAGGCUAUGUCUGGAUUUUCACAGCGAGAUUGGUUACUGGAAAGGGGCUGCCCAUGAUGGCAUGGCAGUGGGCGUUAGGAGCAGCUAUUAUUUUCACAUUUACGACAGUAGCAAGGAUCUUCGGCACAGGGAAGCCAUGGCACCCCUAUAUCCCAGGAGGGAUUGCGGUUGCCGUAGGGAUGUACAACGUCCCAUCGUUCACACUUGCGCGAGCAAUCGGAGGUAUGGUGAACUGGUACUGGCGAUCCUAUCGACGAAAAGAAGAAACCCCUAUCGUGGUGCUAGCCAGUGGGCUUAUUCUAGGGGAGGGAGUCAUGAGCAUCGUGAACCUUCUCUUAGCGAGUGCCAACGUGCCACAUCGAUAGAUGACUUACAUCUAAAAUACAUUAGAUAAUAUACCCCAUCAUUUAGCGCAUACGCUCUUAAAUCGUGCUACUUCUCAUGUUUUCAUUACACACCACACUUUUUAAUCCCUUUCCUUAGUCCUACCCUACCCUUACCACCGCAUCUUUAGCCCGACUCCGUCGAUCCUGACUUCAAUCCGCACGGAUUUAGACCGAGAAGAAGUUUUUCGGAUUUCCUUGCGAAAGUCUUAGCUUGAGGUUAAAGCGCUCCGGUCUUUCUCACUGCACCUUAGCAUUGCAUGCCGGC